UAUAAAACGAAAUCCAAGAUCGCUAUGAAUUUGUUUAUCGGACUACCGUCAAAAUGAGAAACUUAAAUGAGAAGCUUAGUCUAAUUAUUUGUUCUAACUAGAAAAAUUGCAAUGGAUUGUUCACAAUCAUCCCCAGACUCGUCUUCCUCGGAAUCGAUAGCUCGCCUUUUGAGUGCCCAUCGGGAAGCACUGAAGAAUGCAUCCCGAAAGUGCUUGCCACAGCGAGAUCUCGAUGAAUUCAGCGCUAAAUUGCAACAGAAUAAUAAGAAGCAUACCACUUCAGAAGGAAGCAUUUCUUCCGAUAGCUGUAUCACGUUUGAACCGCAUCGAAUCUAUACCAUUGAGGAAGUAACGGAAGAUUCACGAAUUUCUGUCAGGAAAACACAGCUUAUCACGUCUAGCGCUGAAGAACUGAAGGAACGCAUAGAUCGUCUCAAGCGCUUGUCUACAACGGCUAGGAACUCAAAACGACCGGAAAGUCGACGGGGAUCGGAUGCAAGGCAUCAAACAGUGCAAAUCACAGCACGAGUCAGCUAUCAUGAGGAGAUCGUCCAAAAAUUUGAGAUAAUCGACCGAUUUCUCAAGGACCAAAUGGAACUCAAGCAAGACUCUGUUAGUAGCGACCUGUCCGUUCGAAAGCGAUAUGCUCGGUCCAAAUCGACGCCCGACCAAAACCGAGUGAUCCGAAGUCUUUGUUGCAGUUGCAUCUCGGGAAACUAGAUUGAUAUUUUUUGGAAAUAAUGAUUAUUAGCAUGAUGGUAAGAAUAUUAUAACUUCAUACAUAUUACAUGAAAAAAUGUUUGUGAACUGUAAAA